AUGGGCAAGAAAGAUAAAAUUGCAGCUGCCCCUGUCAAGGCAUCGAAGAACGUAAAGGCCUCUACCCGCAAGGGAGAGACUGCCACUGAAAAGAAGAAGGCGGUGAAGGCGAAAGAGCCUGAACCUAUGGAGGAGGAAUCUGAAGAUGAGCCGGAGGACUCGGACUCCUCAGAAGACUCUUCGGAUGAAUCCUCAGACAAUUCGUCGAGCGAUGAUGACGAUUCCUCGGACGAUUCUUCAGACAAUGAAUCCGAUGCUGAUUCUAACGAUUCCGAUGAAGACUCUGAUGAGGACGACGACGAGGAGAAAAAGAACUCAAACGACGACUCUGAUGAUUCCUCAGACGAUGAUUCUGACGAUGAUUCUGACGAUGACUCCGACGAGGACGACAAUGAUGAAAAGAGCUCGAAAGAAGACUCUAGCGAUUCCUCUGACGAUUCCUCAGAUGAUUCUUCUGACGACUCCGAUGAGGAUAACGAUGAAGGCAAGAAGUCAAAAGAAGAAGACUCAGACAACGACUCGGACGACGAUUCUGAUGACGAUUCUGACGAUGACUCGGACGACGACUCUGACUCUGACGACGAUUCUGACGAUGACGACGAUAAAGACAAGAAGACGUCGAAGAAAGAUUCGGAUGAUGACUCGGAUGACGACUCGGAUGAUGACUCGGAUGAUGACUCGGAUGAUGACUCGGAUGAUGAUUCGGAUGAUGACUCCGACGACGAUAAAGACAAGAAGACGUCGAAGAAAGAUUCGGAUGAUGACUCGGAUGACGACUCGGAUGACGACUCGGAUGACGACUCGGAUGACGACUCGGAUGACGACUCGGAUGACGACUCGGAUGACGACUCGGAUGAAGACUCGGACGACGACUCGGAUGACUCAGGUGAAUCCAAUGAUGACUCGAGCUCGUCUGAAGACGCUCCCAAGCCCGUAUCGAAGAAGCGCAAGGCUGAUGACGGUGAAGAAGCCGCACCGAAGAAGACUAAAGUUGACGAGAGUGUUGACGAAGGUAUCAAGACUCUGUGGGUCGGCCAGUUAAGCUGGAACGUUGACAAUGACUGGCUGAAAAGUAUAUUCGAAGAGUACGGCACCGUGACGGAUGCGCGUGUACAGUGUGACCGCGACUCUGGUCGUAGCCGGGGCUUUGGCUACGUCGACUUUGCUACGUCUGCUGAGGCUCUGGAGGCAUCCAAGAAGGCGCAGGGCAAAGAGGUCGACGGUCGCAACCUUCGCGUUGAUUUGCAGGCUCCUCGCGCUCCCAAGGAGCGUGCCGAUUCGCGUGCCAAGCAGUUUAACGAUGAGCGCAGUGCUCCCUCUAACACACUCUUCCUUGGUGGUCUCGCAUGGUCUUUGACUGAAGACGAUAUCUGGAAUACCUUUGCUGAGUACGGUGAAGUGUCUGCCGUCCGUCUGCCAAAAGAGAUUGAUUCAGGCCGUCCCAAGGGCUUCGGCUAUGUUGAAUUCGCUUCUCAGGAAAAUGCUGCGCAGGCUCUCGAGGCUCUCCAUGGACAGGAGCUCGGCGGCCGUCCUAUCCGCAUUGACUUUGCGGGCAAGCGCGACAACACUAACUCUCCACGUGGCGGCGCCUCCAACCGAGGCCGAGGAGGAUCCCGCGGCGGAGCUCGUGGCGGCCGUGACAACGGCUGGGGAUCUCGUGCCUCUGGCAGUGCUCGCAGCGGUGCAAUCGCGAAGUCUGCCGGUAAAAAAAUGACAUUCGACGACUAA